AUGGUACAGAAGGCUCUGAAGGUGACCAAGAAGGCGAAGGACCCUCGCAGAAUCACCAAGAAGCAGAAGAACUUGAAGAAGGCCGCUCCGCUACAGCUCAAGUCGAAGAAGAAGUCUCUGCAGCACAUGAAGAAGCUGCAGAAGCUCUCCUCGCUAACCGAGGUCACGGAGAAGCUGGUCGCAAGCCGGGUGGGCCAUCUGGAGCUGGUCAAAGGCAACAGAAGGGAGCUGGAGAAAACCAAGAAGAAGUAG